AUGGCAAUCUAUGCUGAUAACUGCGCUGCUAACUCUGCUUUUCAAACCUCGAGCAGUCCUGCAACACCUACCAGAGGCAUUGGCAGGUUCGGAAUCCCUAAAUCCGUUUUCUCGCCUGCAGCGUACUCUCCUGUGAAGGCUGCUGCUUGCAACGACGACGGUGAGACGUGCUGCAGCAGCGUGCUUCUGAAGAGCGUGAGGCCGCUGCUGGAGAAACUGGCCUCCCAAGGCGUCGCUUACGGGCAACACAAGCCCGCCAAGGUGCACGUUGUACCUGACGCGCCUGAUGUGAAGCGGCCUGGAAUCGGCCGCUUCGGAGGCAAGCCUGCUGCUGCCGUGGUUGCACCUGUGGUCGUCCCUGCUGCUCCCUCGCCAUCUGCUGCUGCUGCAGUCACACCGUCUGCUGUGGUUGCGCCUGUGGUGGUGCCUGAGGUGGCGCCUGUGGCUCCAGUGACUUCAACCACACCACAGGUGCCUGAAGCGAGUGAGACCACAGAAACAAUAUCCGAGGAGGCGAGUGCAUGCGCUGCUGAUCCGAGUGAGAAAGCGAGGUGGGCGAAGCUGCGUGAGGAGGUUCGAGUUAUGAAUAUUGCGCUGACACGUGCUGCUUACCUGAGGUGGGACAAGCGGAGCAAGGAGGCAUCAUGGGCCAUGGAGAUUGAAGCGGCCAUUGCUGCCGCCCUGCGUCUUGCCCAAGCAUCCUGA